UCUCCCUUGAGAUCAAACAAAAAAAGAGCGUGUAAUUAUUCUUCCUCCUAUGAAAGAAAUACAGUUUUCUUCCUUUUUCGCUGCCUUCCUUCACUUUCCGACAUGACCCAGUUCAAGUUGCCAUGCGGAUCUGUAACUGAGGAAUCGUUGCCAUCAUUAAACCAAGUCCUUCAACGCCAAAGUCAACCACCUGUCUGCCUAUAUAACUAUUACAUAGUACUGCGCGAUCGUCUUCAACUCGAACUGUUGCUCGAUUUUUGGUUAGAUGUGCAACAGGCGGACAUUCUUUACCGACGGUAUCUGAAAUACGCUUCCCGCGCCAGCAAAAAUCCUGCUUCGACGCAUGAGACAAAUUCACUCACGAGCUUGCCCAGCCCAUCAAUACACAGUAAAUCAAUGUCGGCUCAGUUACAAUCUGAAUCGGCGCUACUGACCCAUAUGCUAUUGACCCAUCCCCGAAUGUCCACAGCUACGGUAUCCACGGUUUACAGCCGAUCCACUUUGAAAAAGCCCCCGCCUACGAAAUCGGAUAUGACGGAUACUGUCGAGCGGAUCUACCUUCGAUACAUCGUACCGAAUGCGGAAAAGGAACUCAUUCACCUCCCAAGCCAUAUUCGCGAUUCCAUCACCAAGCAUUUUGAUAAUGCUGCCUCGCCAGACAACCCCAUCAUUUUUGCUGAAGCAAAAACAUACAUGCACCAACUUUUGCAAGCUACAUUUCCAUUUUUUCUACGAUAUAAAGUAUAUAUGAACUUGACUCUCCACCAACAACUAGCGCGGUUAGCCUUGGGACUGUUUGCUUUAUUUCUGGGUUUUUCCUUAGAGUUCUCCUUGAUCUUUCUAAAUAUCCAUCCCUGGCAAAAGCGCUUAUGGGUAAUGUCUCUUAUUUUCUUCUUUUAAGUUUCACACUCCCUGAUUUUUUCGUUCUGGUUUUUUUUAUCCCUGCAGGGUGUUCUUCCAAUCGGAACUGGCGUGUUUUUAAUCUUUACAGGUAUCGCCGGUAUAGACCCCAUUUGGGUUUGGGGCUUCAAUAUAAGUGAAACAACAACUUUCCAAUUCAACUCUAUACAACAAGCAUACGUUAAAAGAACAUUAAGGAUACGUUCGAUCGUUCUGUCAACUUUCAUCCUGUUCGCGGUUGUUGUUGUCUCCCUUAUUUUCUGCGUUAU